CAAAAACCAAAGACAAUUUAUAAGGCAGAUUUUAUCGACUUUUUCUCGUCAGCCUUUUUGCCAAAAACUACCAACAUCUCACCUCCCGCUGGGAGAGUUUUUCUUCCAAUUCCCCCUUGUGACUAACAAAGAGGAAACGGACUUGCCGAAUGCGUCGUCAUUCUUUGUUAUACACAAGUCUUCUUUUCGCCACCGCUUAUAUUUCCCGAAUAAAAAGCCGCAUGUAACGGGGAGGAUCUCUCCGCUCCCGCGUAAGCCCAGCUGUUACUUGCUGUUUUUGCGGUUGCUUUGAUAGCCCGUCCAUGUUAAUGUCUAUUCUGUCAUUGCUUGGUGCCAUUUCUUUCUUAGGCCUCCACAGUGGAUAGAUAAUGAAGCCAAUGCGGUCUUCGCCAGAAGCGGUGGCUGGCGAUGGUCAAAAAUUGGGACAUACUUCACCAAAACUCUUCAAGUGCCCGGAACCAGACUGUGGCAAGGCCUUCACCCGCCGAUUCAACCUGCAAUCUCAUGAGCUAGUCCAUUCCAACCUCCGGCCUUUCAAAUGCGAGCUCUGUAAUCGAACGUUCCGUCGUAAAUUUGAUCAGCGUCGGCACAUGCAAAGUGUCCAUAUGGAGACAGGAUCCAAGCCAUACACUUGUGACUUGUGUGGCCUGGGCUUCACAAGGUCGGAUACGUUGAGACGACAUCGCAGCUUGGAAGCCAUGCGAAAGCGAUACGAAAAGAGGGAAAGCAGCCGCGAGCACAGUGUUGGGACAGAUGGCGAGACAUUGGAAAGUGGAUCGAAUAACGAAGAUGACGAGAACGAGAUCAAAUACGAGGAUAUGGGCAAUUUGCACCGUCAUCAUCAAAGCUAUUAUCCCUACGGACCAGAUCCUUCAUAUCACAAUACAGGGCACAUGCCUUGGGUUGGUCCGUCUUAUCUUCCGUCCCUAUCCCUACCUCCACCGACACAUCAUUAUCCAGUAGCCCCGCCACGACCACGACCCCCACCACCACCACCUCCACCACAAUUACCAUCUUUAUCAUCAUCUCUCCAAAUCCUACCACAUCUCCCUUCUCGACGACAUUUAUCGCCUCCAUCCCCAUCCCCAUCUCCACAUCAAACACCAAACCCAAAAUUCCCCCAACUGCCGUCAUUCCUAAGCGCCGUACAACCAUCAAUCCCUAACCAAAUUCGUCUCCCUCCACCGCCCGCGACGGUACCUAAACACCAAGGCAGCAGAGACCUUUCCCGCUACCAUCUCUCUUCAUCCUCAUCGGCCCCAGUUUCGCCGCGUAGUCAGGUCCCGAAUCGAUGGCAUGGAAUGUGGAGAUAAAAGAAGCCUAGUUUCGAACUAUCCACCUCCAAGGUAUAUGACAAAAAGGGGAGGAAGAAAGCUAACGGCUACGCACACUGUUUAUAGUUGUAUACUUUUACACAUUGUAAGUAAUUCUUCAUUGGAGAGGGAGACAAAAACCAAGUUAUUAUUAUAUGAUUCGAUUCUAUGAUUGUUUUAAAACUAGCAUUCUGUAAAAUAUAAAAUUUGGAUGCGAAU